CUCGCGAAGCAAAUAGUUUCAUUGGACAGACACAGCUGUCAGACUGUUUACAGGGCGUCGUGAGUGCCGUAACAUGCCGUGUUAUCACGUCAAAGGGUCAAUGGUCAGUCUGGUAGGUACCUUGCCGAAGUCUAAAGGCGAUGUAUGGGUUCAGAUAGUCAGGCUGUAGGGCCAUGCGUUCACACGUACGUAAGAAGGGAAGGGCCUCCGAAUCGAAACCACGAACUUCCGCCAUUGCAUCACAACAGCACUGGGCUGAGUUCUGUCUGCACAGUCUUAUUCUUUGGACAAACACCGUGAAGAGUAAAAUUAAGAAGCUCUGUUGAUGCCAACUUGUUGGCCGCUCACCAUUUUCAGCUUUUACAACGUUGUUAUUAUUACAACCACUAUGAAUGUGCGGCGUUCAUCCCACCUCCACCUCGCUGCAGCCCUGGGGCUCAUCGCAGCGUUCUUCGGUAUGGCCGCCCAGGGUGCAAGGGGACGGUACGAUUUUACCACGACCCAACUGCGAGAAUACUACAUUGCUGCAGUGGAGGUGGAAUGGGACUAUGCCCCCACGGGUAGGAACGUCAUCAAGGACAGAGAAAUAACCCCUGGAAGCCAUGAAGGGCAGUUUCUCCUCAACAGAACCCACCGGAUCGGCAGGAAGUAUAAGAAAGCCAUCUACAAGCAAUACACCGAUGACACCUACACCACUGAGAUCCAGGUACCGGAAUGGCACGGAUCCUUUGGACCAAUUCUCUAUGCUGAGACCGGUGAUACCAUGUUCGUCUACUUUAAGAAUAUGGCUUCCCGUCCCUUCACAAUGCAUCCACAUGGUGUGAAAUACUUCAAGGACUCAGAAGGAGCAAAGUAUGAGGACAAUACUUCAGGUGAAGACAAAGAAGACGAUUUGGUGGAGCCCGGUGAUACCUACCUGUAUAAAUGGUUUGCUAACGAGGCUGCAGGACCUGCUGCUGAUGAUGAGAACUGUACCCCUUGGCCCUAUCAUUCACACAUCCUAUCACCAAGUGGUAUCAGCUCCGGUAUGACUGGAGCGCUAGUCAUUUGUAGAGAAGGUAUCUUGGAUGAAGCCGGGAAACGUAGAGAUGUUGACCAAGAUUUUCUGUUGGUUUUUUCAAUCACCGAUGAAAACCUAAGUUACUACUUGGAUGACAAUAUUGCGACAUACGCUGGUAGUCCUGAAACGCUGGAUCCAGAUGAUGAAGACUUUGCAGCGAGUAACUUAAUGGAUGGUAUUAAUGGUCGACUGUACGGAAACUUACCAGGUCUUACUAUGUGUGUUGGAGAUAAAGUUAGCUGGAAUGUCUUAGCUUUUGGGACUGAGGCUGAUAUACACACUGUACAUUUCCAUGGUAACAUACUGAACUUCCAGGGUCGGCGGAGGGAUUCUCUCAGCCUCUCUCCAGCUAUUUUAAUGAGUGCCGAAAUGGAAGCUAUAAAUCCCGGGACGUGGCUCAUCACUUCUGCAUCAACAAAUCAUUUCAGUGAUGGUUCCCAAGUGUUGUACACAGUGUCUGCAGAAUGUGGUACUGCCCCAACCGACAACACCCCAGCCGGUAUCCAGCGUAACUAUUAUAUUGCUGCAGAAGAGAUCGAUUGGGACUAUGCUCCGGAUAGGGCUCAUAGUGAUGGCACCAAUUUCACCAAUCCAGACAGUGACUCCUAUCCGUUCUUCACAAAAGACAACAAUAGACUUGGUGGGAUCUACAAGAAAGCCAAGUUUGUUGCCUACACCAACGAUUCCUUCAUCACCAAAGCCCCCGAGGAUCCACUGAUGGGGCUUCUCGGACCGGUCAUCAGAGCUGAGGUUGGCGAUAUCAUUAAUGUAACAUUAAGAAACAACCUAUUGUCGCAGAAUGUCAGCAUCACACCUCAUGGAGUCAUGUAUACUAAAAAUAAUGAAGGAGACGCUUACAAUGAUGGAACCACAGGAGGCGAUCGUUUUGAUGAGAUGAUCACACCCGGAACUAUAUUUUCUUACAUUUGGACGGUGCCGGAACAUGUCGGACCUACUGACGUAGACCCUGAUUGCAUCACUUGGAUUUAUCUUUCGACAGCCGACCCUGUGGGUGACAUUAGUGCUGGGUUGGUCGGACCGCUACUUGUAUGCAAACGCGGCACGCUGGAUCCUGACACUGGAAAACAGACUCAAGUUGACAAGGAAUAUUUCCUUCUCUUCUCUACCUUUGAUGAGAACCUAAGCUGGCUGAUUGAUGAAAAUAUUCAAAACUAUUCAGCCGAUCCCGGAUCAGUUGACAAAUCAGACGAACUGUUCACAGCGUCCAAUCAGAUGUCGUCUUUGAACGGAUUAUCCUAUAACAAUCUGAUGGGCUUAACGGCAAUUGUCGGUGACAGAGUGUCAUGGCACAUCAUGGCUAUCGGCGACUUCACCAACGAACAUGGGAUGUCCGUUCGUGGACACACUCUCCUGCAUAACUCUCGCCGCACCUCAUCGGUCGAGGUCUUCCCUGGAGUUUCUGAAACUGCUUACAUGGACGCAGACAUACCUGGUAUCUUCCAAGUCUCUUGUGAAACAAACUCCCACUUAGUUGAAGGAAUGAUGACCAUCUUGACGGUGCAGGACAAGGCGGACCAGGCGCCACCCACAGUAGGUUCUAAGAAGAGGUCGUACUUCGUUGCUAUUGCAGAGGAAUACUGGGACUAUGCUGAGACAAAGUGGGACCCAGUUAGGAGUGAAAGUUUGACAGAUCCUAAGAGUGUUGGCUAUGUGUUUGUCGCGCAAGGCGACUUGUCAAUCGGCUCUCGUUACAAGAAAGCACGCUACCGAGAAUACACCGACGCCACCUUCAGGAUGGAGAAGCAACGAACAACAGAGGAUAUGCACCUUGGAGUCUUGGGUCCACUACUUCAUAUGGAGGUUGGGGAGACGGUUACUAUUGUCGUGAAGAAUACGGCAUCUCGACAGUAUGGUCUUGAGCCUUUUGGUGUUCUGGUGUCAACCAACGAUACAGUUAACGAAAGAGGCAUAGCUCCUGGAGCCACCAAGACCUACCAGUGGAAGGUGCCAGACCGAUCAGGACCCAGCGCCACCGAUCCUAAUUGCAUCGUCUACGCCUACUAUUCCCACAUCAACAAAGAGAUGGACACCAACUCGGGUCUCAUUGGUCCGAUGGUCGUCUGUCAUCCCGGAAUUCUGGGAGAGAACGGACGCCGUCAAGAUGUCGACCGUGAGAUUGCUCUUCUCUUCACCGUGUUGGAUGAGAAUAAAAGCUGGUACUUAGAUGAUAAUAUUCAGGAGUUUUGCGGGACGCCUUCUGCUGUCGAUAAGGCUGAUGGCGACUUUGAGGAAAGUAACCUCAUGCAUGGUAUUAAUGGGUUCUUGUUCAGUAAUUUGCAUCACUUGGAUGUGGAAGAGGGCUCGGUGGUAGAGUGGUACUUGCUCGGUAUCGGUGACGAAGUGGACGUCCACUCUGUCCACUUUCACGGCCAGACGGUCACUUAUAGGACGUCUAUGGUUCAUAGAGUGGAUGUCUUUGAAUUAUUCCCUGGUGUUUUUGGCUCAGUGCAGAUGAAGGCAGAUAACCCAGGGAAAUGGCUCAUGCAUUGCCACGUUCACGACCACAUCCUAGGUGGAAUGGAAACGGAGUAUACUGUUCAUGCAAGUGGGGAGACAACAGCAACAGCACCAAGUACAACAUCCACUGCAUGCUGCAUUACAGGUACUAUACUAAUUAUUGCACUGGGUAUCGGGCUGGCAUGGAAGUUCAACUAACAUCAUGCCCAACUCUGCCAGGGACUGGCAUCGUAUUUGGUCCUUGGGAUUAAGUAAGAACAUUUUAUCGUGUAUAAGGGCUAAACCUACAUGUGGCCCCUACGUAAAUGGUUAAACAUCCUAACUCAACAUUUUGGUUUCAUAUUUAUUAAAACUUCGUUCUUAAGUUUAUCCCAACCGAGUAAUAUGCCUGUGAUUUUGAUCACAGAUAUGGGGUAGGUACUGGGUACAUGUAUACAGUGCUAACACACAACGGUGUACAGUGUAUAUGGGUAAAACUUAAAAUUAAUAUCAUUCUCUCGAUGCCUCUUUCCAUCUAUAAAACUUCAUUUUGGGUAUAUUUGAUGUUUUUCCAUUUCAAUAUUUCAAAGGCCUGUUUAUGGAUGUGAAUAAAAAAAAAUCUCGGCCUCUUUGUACACUUUCAUAUCUUUUUAAAGCCAUUGGACACUUUCGGUAAACACCAUUGUCCAAGGCCCACACUUUGUGUAUCACAACUUCUAUAU